GCAUGCAGUGGCUCAUCCACUUUGACGAUUCAAACAUGAUUAUUGAUUCCUCUCUGUGUUUGGUAGUUUCCCACUGAAUCGUAGAAAUAUUUGCUGAUUUUCAGAUAAUUUAUUGAUGAAUCACACCGACGGUGGCGUGGCGGCCUGUUGAUUGAGUUUGUUGCGUGGAAUGGGAGGGAUUUGUUCUAAGGAUUCGGAGAAUUCGGUGAAUCCGUACGCCAGCAGGGGCUCGGAGGAGCAUUCGUAUUCCCAGAAGCAGAAGCUCCACCGGAAUGAGUCUCCGGAGCGGAAGAGCAGCGAGGCUGUGGUUCCGCCGGCGGUGCCGGAGAGCAUGAGCAAAGAGGUGGAAGAGCAGCCGAAGGAUCACUCGGGGUACUCGAGCAGCGAGGAUGAACUUUACGACGGCAUUCCGAGGUACCGGCGGAGUCGAUCACAAAAAUCGAGAUCACGGCGAGUCGCCAAGGAAAUUCUAGAGAGUGUUGGACUAGACAAGGCUGUGGAAGUGUUUGAUACAUUUGGGAGCGGUGGAUUUGUUUCUGGUGCGACGAACAAAGGGAAUGAACUUUUGAUCCUGUCAUUCGAGGUUGCUAAUACGAUCGUUAAGGGCUCUAAUCUUAUGCAAUCGCUUUCUAAAAGAAGCAUAUGCCAUUUGAGGGAUGUGGUGCUGCUUUCAGAAGGUGUGCAGAAUCUUGUAUCUACUGACAUGGAUGAACUUCUAAGCAUUGUUGCUCUCGAUAAGAGGGAAGAGCUUAAAGUACUUGUGGGAGAAGUAGUAAGGUUCGGAAAUAGAUGUAAAGCUCCUCAAUGGCACAACUUGGACCUUUUCUUCGAGAAAUGCAGGGGAGAGCGUACUCCUAAGAAGCAAUUAAGGGAAGAAGCUGAACUUGUUAUGCAACAGCUACUGGUGUUGGUUCAAUGCACUGCUGAACUUUACCAUGAGUUGCACACAUUGGAUAGACUUCAGCAAGAUUAUCAGCUCAAACAGAAAGAUAGUAAAUUUAGUAGCAGUCGAAAAGCAGAUGAUGGGUUAUCAAUUUUAGCUGCUGAGUUUAAAAGCCAAAAGAAAGAAGUACGAAGUUUAAAGAAAAAAUCACUCUGGUCUAGAAGUUUGGAAGAGAUUAUGGAAAAGCUUGUGGAUCUUGUCCUAUUCCUGAACCAGGAGAUAAACAAUGCUUUUGGCAGUUCUGAUGAUGACAGAGCAAAGAAAGCAUUCGAGAGAAGCCAGCAAAGAUUAGGGCCAGCGGGCCUUGCACUGCAUUAUGCUAAUAUCAUACUCCAGAUUGAUUCAAUUGUAGCAAGAUCAAGUUCCAUGCCUCCGGAUGCAAGAAAUACGUUAUAUCAGAGCCUUCCAACUAAUAUAAAAUCUUCUUUGCGAUCUAAGCUGCAGCAUUUCCAUGUCAAAGAGAAGCUAACUGUAGUAGAAAUCAAAGCAGAGAUGGAGAAAACUUUGCACUGGCUUGUUCCCGUUGCAACAAGCACUGCCAAGGCUCACCAUGGUUUUGGUUGGGUUGGGGAGUGGGUUAAUUCCGGGUCAGAUAAAAACCGGAGGGCAGUUGUGCCAACAGACGUAAUGCAAAUCGAGACUCUACACUAUGCAGAAAAGCAGAAGACAGAUGCAUACUUAAUUGACCUCCUUUUAUGGCUCAAUCAUUUGAUAUCUCAGUCCAAGGCUGCAGUAAAUGCUGGUAAUGUGAAGCCAUCCAUCAAACCUGCAAUUCCUUCACCGUUUCAAGAAGCAAACCAGCUGCCAUUACAAAAAGAUGCUAAAAGUGAGUCUCCGGAUUUAUGCGUUGAAGAUCAGGAGACGGUGCAAAAAGUGAGUAACGAAGAAUUGGAACAAGGAAUGAGCAUGAGCCAGGACAUGAAUUCUGUGGAUAACAGUUCAGAAAAGCUAGAGCAGACACAUGAAAUUAGCAGCUAUUCCGGGACAGUGGAAAGCAAUGAACUUUCGCCUGCAAAUGCCCAUCCAUUGAACUUCAAUAUUACUGAUUUUGAUGAUGAUACAGAGAAGAAACUGGAUGCCACUCAUAGGGUGGAUACAGUAAUGGUGGGUUAAACUGAGGGCAGAUGAUCUUGUAGAUAGAUACCAUACAUAUGCCUGUGGUGUUUAGAAUUGUUUGUAGUUGAGAGGUGUCUCUCUGUUAGAGUGGUUUUUUGGUUCUUUAGUCACGGAUAUAGAAAAGAAUAUAUAAUGGACUAUUUAAAGCUUUUAUUUUUUUGGUUCUU